GCGGGCGGCAGAGGCGGUGCGGCGGAGGCGGAGCGGGCUCUGCGGCAGGAGGGAAGAUGGCGGACGAGGAGAAGCUGCCGCCCGGCUGGGAGAAGCGCAUGAGCCGCAGCUCAGGCCGGGUGUACUACUUCAAUCACAUCACUAACGCCAGCCAGUGGGAGCGGCCAAGUGGCAACAGCAGUGGCAGUGGCAAAAAUGGACAAGGGGAGCCCACCAGGGUCCGCUGCUCACACCUGCUGGUCAAACACAGCCAGUCACGGCGGCCCUCCUCCUGGCGGCAGGAGAAGAUCACGCGAACCAAGGAGGAGGCCCUGGAGCUGAUCAAUGGCUACAUCCAGAAGAUUAAGUCUGGAGAGGAGGACUUUGAAUCCCUGGCCUCACAGUUCAGCGACUGCAGCUCCGCCAAGGCCAGGGGAGACCUGGGUGCCUUCAGCAGAGGUCAGAUGCAGAAGCCAUUUGAAGACGCCUCCUUCGCGCUGCGGACAGGGGAGAUGAGCGGGCCUGUGUUCACGGAUUCGGGCAUCCACAUCAUCCUUCGCACGGAGUGAGGGGUGUCGAUGGCCCAGGCCUGGCCACCCGGGGGUAGACGGGUGAGACGGGGUGGCUGGGCCCGCAGACUCUGCUCCCCGCUGCCGGCCGACCGGUGGGGACCCCUCCCUUCUCCUGUCACACAGUAUUUAUUGAUCCCAGAUGGCCGAGAGGAGGCCCUUCACCACCGGGUGCUCCCUGUCCGCUCCCGUUGGGGCUGUCCCUGCUAGACCCCCCUCCCCUUUAGGAAUCGACUUCAGAAGGGCACAGGGUGGAGAGGCUCCCUGGGCUCCCAGAGCCAGGGUUGGGGGUGACCUGUCCCAAAGAGAAGGCCUAGUUAGCUGCCCCCGUGCCGCCCCAGGUCCAGGAUGGGGGCAGGUGGGCCUUGAGUUGUUGCUGAUUAGGCCCUGUUUCUCUGUUCAGUUGUAAAAAGCAUAUGCUCCGCGUGGGGCCCAGGCUGCUGGCUGCUAUGGGGCCUCUCUAAGCAGCCAUGCAGCACCUUCCCCACCCUUGAUUAAACCUGGAACCACU